AUGGAGCAGCUUCGCCCGCUGCGGGAGUUGGUUUUCCGCUGGGUGGAGGCCGCGUCGGACGUGCUUCGCCUCUCCGCGUUUGCGCGGGGUGUCGACGCAAUGCUGGAGCUAGCCCCGGCCCGCUCCGGCAGAACGGGUUUUCUCCACCUGGGAACGGAGCUCCUCAUGGAGUGGCGGCUGGAGGCCGUCGCUCACGCGCUGGACCAGCGUUCGCGCCACCCGCUGGCCCGCGUCAUCUUGGCCGGGGACGCUAACGUGCACCUCGCGUACGUCGUCGCUCACGACCAGUCGCGCGCGCGUCUCCAUUGCCGCCAGCGGGCAGCCGACCGCGCCAUUGAGGCCGCCCUGGAGGCAGCGGGGCUGCGCGCCUUCAAUCCAGUUGCUCCUACGCGUGUUCCGGGCCACUGCAUUGAUCUCGUGUUGGGUGUCGUGGGCAACCCUAUCCCGGCGAGGGUGCAUCCUGAUUUGGUUGGCGGGUCCGACAAUAGGUUGGUCCUGGCGGAUGUACCUUGCGCGAUUGCUGCGCCACUGUGCCUCGGGUUCGGUCGGGUUCUCUGGGCUUCGGGUUCGGAGUGGGAGGGGGGGCUGCUCGACGUCUCGAGCCUGCUUGACCACGUGGCUGCCCUGGUCGAGGGCGCCGCGGGCGCCCCGGCGAUGAAACCGGACUGCCAGAAGCAAAUGAGAGCCCGCGCGGGCAUCCGCGCCCCGUUGAACCCGGCGUCUUUUGCCGACCACAUGGCGUUCAAGCACGCGGUCGACAUGGCCCUCUGGGAAAAGCGGCGGCACGCGGUGGCGCGGCAUGUGCACCUGCGGUCGGUCUCACUGGCGGCGGCCGAGCGGUUCCUGUCGGGCUAUUUUCAAGGGGCGGCGCGUUUCUCCGUGCAGCUGGACGCGGCCGAAGCGGCCCGUCUUAGCAGGUCUGUUGCAGAGAUUCGCCGCGUCGGGGCCCGCUCGCCGGCGGCCCCGUUCCCGGCCCCGCCGGACGCGCACACCCUGGACGAGGUCAGUAGGGCAAUAGCAAUGUUGAAGCCGCACAAGUGCACGGUUCGCGGCACGAACGCGGCACUGCUGGCUGAAGUUCCUGCAGGCCGCCGUCUCACACGGGCGCUGGAUCUCCCAACGUGGUGGGCCCUGGCGGACGAGAAGUGGGCCUUUGGCGUGGCGCCCUUCAACGCCAUGCUCUUGGGGGCGUUUCAAGCGGGCGUUCGGGGGCCCGACUGGCUGCUGCUUGACGAUGUUCUUGCGCAGGACCACCAGCGCGUGUGUCUCCAUGGGUUCUUGAGCCCUGUCUUCGCCCUCGGUUGCGGCACUGCCCAGGGCCGCCGUCUCUCGGUCCCCGUUUUCAACGCCCAGCUGCGUUGGCUUGCCGACGAAGUGGCGCCUGCCCUGCCAAGAGGCCGCGCCACUCUCAUACCUUCGUUCACUCGCCGGGCCUUCCACGAGGCGUUGGAAGC